CAGGGCCGGGGGGCGGGGAGAGGCGGGGGCGGCCCCGGCGUGGCCAAGGCUCGCGGGCCCGGGCGCAGCCGCCCAGCUGUCGCCUGAGCCCAGUGGAGCGAGUGAGCUAUGGCCGGCCUCAACUCACUGGAGGCGGUGAAGCGCAAGAUCCAGGCCCUGCAGCAGCAGGCGGACGACGCAGAGGACCGUGCGCAGGGCCUGCAGCGCGAGCUGGAUGGCGAGCGCGAACGGCGCGAGAAAGCUGAAGGAGAUGCGGCCGCCCUCAACCGCCGCAUCCAGCUGGUGGAGGAAGAGCUGGACCGGGCUCAGGAGCGACUGGCCACAGCCCUGCAGAAGCUGGAGGAGGCAGAGAAGGCUGCUGACGAGAGUGAGAGAGGCAUGAAGGUGAUAGAGAACCGAGCCAUGAAAGACGAGGAAAAGAUGGAGAUCCAGGAGAUGCAGCUCAAAGAAGCCAAGCACAUCGCUGAGGAGGCUGACCGGAAGUAUGAGGAGGUUGCUCGUAAGUUGGUCAUCCUGGAGGGUGAGCUGGAGAGAGCAGAGGAGCGGGCGGAGGUGUCUGAACUAAAGAGUAGCGACCUGGAAGAGGAGCUCAAGAACGUAACUAACAAUCUGAAAUCACUGGAGGCUGCUUCUGAAAAGUAUUCUGAAAAGGAGGAUAAAUAUGAAGAAGAAAUCAAGCUUCUGUCUGACAAACUGAAAGAGGCUGAGACCCGAGCUGAGUUUGCGGAAAGGACAGUUUCUAAACUGGAGAAGACAAUCGAUGACCUGGAAGAAAAACUUGCCCAGGCCAAAGAAGAGAACGUGGGCUUGCAUCAGACACUGGACCAGACACUAAACGAACUUAACUGUAUAUAAACCAAACCAGAGGAGUCCUGUCUUGACACCAACUCCACUCCAGAGAGUGCACCCUGUCUUCCUCUCUUAUAAGAAGUUCCGCUUACUACCAUGUCUCCACCUUGCUGGAAAGGCCAAGCAGAAAAUGAAUUCAUGACCAAACAUUCUGUGUUAGACAAGCUUUGAGCACCAGUUAAGUUUAAUCCUUCCUUUUCCAUUCAAAUGGCACCAGCUUCUUUGGCUAUUCUUAUUCUUAAAUUGCAUUUAUUCCUAAAACGGGCAGGGAAUUUCACACUGCGUAUAGCUGCUUAAGGCUGAGGGCAUUUGGUUCUCGGGGAAUUAGUCAGCCCCACACCUUGAAACACAGGCUCAAGUAUCUAAUUGUAGCUGGUCGCUGCUGGGGAAGUUUGUGAGGCUAGGGGUUGUUGCAAGAAAACAUGUAGAAAUUUUCCACCCAGAGCAAAAAUUAAAAACCGUCUAUGGGAAGUCAUAAAGCACAACUAGAUUGGCCCGAUCUAACUGAGUCUGUUCCACACUCCCCCGUGGAGAACAGAUUUAUUUACUUCAGCUUUCCAGGUGAGAAUGCUGGGGUGAUCACUGCUGCCCAUGUGCCUUCCGAUCGAGCUUUAAUGCUGUUCGGUGUACACAUUCCCUUCACUCCAGAAUUGUUCUUUGAGGAGCAAGUGUCUUAUUCCAGGACUUCUCUGCCAUGGUCUAACCAUACGCUCAGCAGGGAAUAUGGCAGAGUCCAACCCUUUUCAGAUCAGUCCUGUCUGGAUCAAGACUGCUAGCAAAGCCAGGUACCAGCGCUACACAGCGAGACUCUGUCUCAAAUAAUACAAAGGUUGCCAGCCAUCAGUACAUUGAUGCCAAGGGUUAGGCAACAAAGGGUCUCUCCAGCCGCAAAGUUGUGAUAGAAAAAGAAAUUGGCUUAACUUCAUCUCCAUUGUUCAGGGAACAAGAAAUGGGAGCUUGAGUUUGCUGAGACUUGAAUUCCUUUGGGAAUGACACUAAUAGAGACCGAGAACUCCUGACUGAACUGGACGUGGAGCGCUCUAGAGGCUGCACAUAUUUUUUGGCUUUGUAGUUUUGCUUUUUCAGUUAACAUCUCACUGAAACAUUCCACAUUCCCCAGAAGUGUGGGGCCACCUCGAGUUUACAGUGCUGACGGAGAGUCACCUGCUUCUAGCUUAUCUGAACCCUGCCCCUCACUCCUAUUUAUUAAGCAUCACACUACCAGGGAGAUGAACUUUUAGCAAACUGUGCAAUUGAUAAAAUCUACUCUGUUCUUUAGAUUCUUGCGAUUGUAUCAUACGUAAUGGUAUCACUUUUUCUACAUUUUGGUCAAAUAAAUUUUUGCAUAAAUAA